AUGGUGUCCGUUCGUUCUUCCGGCCCUCAGAUGGUCGGGCUUGGAUUUCCUUAUCAGUCUAUCCCUAGUGAGGGCCCUGUUCGUCCUCCUCCCGUGAGACGAGCAGCCAACUUGGCCCAGGUGAGGAGCUUUGAUGCAGCCCAGAUCCGCUAUGGUGCUCCCCUGGACCUUGCGUAUAGCCAAGACCCAUCCUCAAGUCGAGGAAUGUGUAUAGCCGAUACGGCGCACGACAACCAAAGAGCUGUUAGUCAAGAUGUGCAGCAUCUCUCCAGUUCAAAUCUGGCCACGACUGUUGAUGGUACUUUUAUUACGUACCAUGCCAAUGGAGGGCAGCAAGUUCCGAGGUUCCAAGUUCCUUCGGGCUCAGUCUCGUAUUCAACCACACCAACAUCCAGCCAUCAGGCCAUUCCCAUGGCCAUCAGCUCUUUGCACACUUCGGUAUCCGCGCCAGAACUGAGAAGCCGACAAUCUACAUGGUCUCUUGACUCUCAGGAUUCAUGGUCUUACGCUCCGGCUAACUAUGAAGAUCACCAUGAUCCAUCCAAUAAUGGAACCAGGGAUUCUCAUUUCCCAUUUGCUGCAGUCCCACCUCAAGCAGAGGCACCACCACCAGGGCGUCCUUUCAAUUUUCUCAUCGAGGACCCAAAAACAUCACGCUACCAUCGCGAAAAGAUACCUCGAAGCCAGGCCGAUCGGGAAAGCCAGCGAGAAAACAUUCGCCUUCUGAAGGGAUCUGGCGGCGCAUGCCUUUGGUGUUAUCGAAGUAAAAAAAGAUGUGGGUUGUCAAACCCCUGUCUCUCGUGCACGUCCACUCGACGCAAGUGUAUUCGAAGUUCGGUACAGCUGUCCCUUUCUGGCCUUCAAGUAGGAGGAUCUCCACCGGAUGUUUCCAUGGUGCCCUUGAAACCGCCCUCCAGCGAAGCCCUCGAUAUGUUGAAUUCCCUGAAUACCCUUGUUUUCACUAAAAUGACUGCCAUGAAGGCAGUACUCAACAUCCGCCGGUCUGAUGACGGAGCUCUGGAAAUGUGUACCAUGUACGUGGAUCGGCGCGACAUGGUCUUUUCCAACGUGAGUUGCUCUCUUGAUCAGCUUGUAGCCAAGGCCAGCAAGCAUCUUCGUUGUGUCGAGCUGGCCAAACUCGAAGAGGCGUAUACCUUUCACCCGCUUAUUCAAACUGCCCUCUCCAUGACGAAACUUUUUAUGGUAACUCGGUGCCUUGCGACCACCCACGUUUAUAUUCGCUCACUCGAUGUUGAUCCCGGACGCCUCAUGAUGCUUUACAUCCUAGUUGUCUGCUGUCGGGAGCUCUUCGAGAUGUCCGAAGGCUUCUCCGUCGAAUUGUGCGAGGCGUUGCGCCGUAAGGACGUGCAGGAUAGUCUUAGCGAUGGAAAAUAUCUGCACCCAACCACCAAUCUUAACCCUGUCUGGGUCGCCUCUGCACUGUAUUACCGGAUUGUUAGCGGCCUGUUGGAACUCCGGGAAAGUCCACUCAUGACCAAGAUUUUUGGAUGCCGGGCCUCCCAUCUCUCGCGUUUGUGGUGCACUCUCUGGAGCAUUUUGAAAUCUGUCCCCGCCAACAACAAGACCAGUAGCAAAGAUGCGACCGGAUCCGCACUCAAAGAUCAAAUCCCCGUGCUUCCGGACUCAAAGUUCUUUGAUCUGGCAUUUUGGCUGGGACCAUUGGACUGCAACGAUGAACUCCCGCCUGUCGCCGUUUCAAAGCAGCAUGGGGAUCCAUUCGCUGGAGAAUCUUAUGACAUGAAUUCGUUUCUUCGUGAUGACUGUGUUGAAUCUAGCGUUUUGUCGAAUGCCCCCCAGCCCGUCCAGGCGCUUCUUCCAGUCUGUCCUAGCCCGAAACCGGUCGCGAUUCCCCUCCGGGAGAGUGUCGCGGUGGACGAGACACCAUGCAUGGGCAUGCAGCAAGAUAUUUUCGCCGAUGUGCUUGAGCCUACGCCUGGAACUUGGGACGCAGUGGCUUCAUUUGACAGCAUCUACAACGAGAAUUGUCGAUGA